CCUGUGACAAGAAGCCGGAAACUGUUAGCUCGAUCAGAGUGAUGAUGAGACGAGAGGGAUAAGAUGCUUGAUUGCUGUCGUUAUUUUUAAUAAUGGACGAAUUGACAGCCUCAGAAAAAUUGUUCCAGAUAUGGAUGAGGUUUUCUACUAAGAACGAUGUGGUCAUUUUAAAGGAAUUUAUCGAUACAUUUGUGGACACUUACCAAAAUUUGAUUGACUUGGAGUUUGAACAUCUCAUAGAAGGAUUUUCGGAGGCUGGUCCUCAUUUUACCAAACUCCCAGAUGGACUGCUACAGAUGUUAUCUCAUCACUUGUCUCAGUGUCUGGAAAAAGUCCAGACAGAGAUGGAACCGGAGACUGUUCAUUUCGCUGAAUCAAUCAUCAAAUGUUUGAUUAUCAUAUCAAGGAACUAUGAUAAUGUACCACUGUUAGGUUCUUGUCAAUUCGUAAAAUAUCUGGUUUCCAUAGGAACCUUUCUGACAGAAAACCUGACCCAAAAUACUCUCCAAGAAAUCCAGAUCAAGGACUUUCUAAAACUGACCGUCCAUUUUUUCGAAUGCCUGUAUGACCCAUACUUUGUGUGGAGAAAAAGAUUAAAAGGCUGGGUGGUUGACAAGAGUCGAAUGACAUAUAGACCUGCUGAGCUUCAUGUAGAGGUGGUCCCAUUCCUGUUUGACAGCUGUAACAAGCCCUGUUUAUCUGUGUCACUGAAAAUCAGGUUUCUUCAUCUGUUUGGGGCAUUGAUGUGUGGAACUCAGAGCAAUGCACUGAAGGUCAUUACCCCUGCCACUUUGGAUAUCCUGCUGAAGAUGCUGUCCUCCAGUGAGCUAUCUGGACCAGCCAAUGAGCUGCGUCAGGAUCUUCUGGAACUAAAGGACCUCGCUCUGAAGAGUAUCAUCUGUAUGGUUCACAUGAUCCACGGAUCCAGUCCAGACCAGAGACAGGUAGAGGUUUCACAGGUGAUGGAAGGAUACAUGGAUGUUCUGACAACAGCUGACAUCCAAUCUGAGGAUGGCUUCAAUCAGCAAAUGCAGCUUAGCAUGAUCCAUGCUGUGAAUGAGAUGCUCACCUGUCAGGAUCGAAGUGCUCUCCAGGUGACAUUAGUGAGCGGCGGCACAUUCGACUCACUAGUAGCACUGUUGCAGAAAACCUCUUUGACAGGAUCAGAAGCCCAAAGCCUAGCCAUGUCUGUGUUACAAGUCAUCUGUUCAGUCCUUACUGGCUCCAUCAAUGCCAAAGAAAGGUUUGCCCUAAGAGUUGGUUAUGGGAAGUUUGUUGAAGCUUUGAAAAGUUUAGGACAGCCAUCCAUGGCUUUGCUGAAAGGGGUUCUUAAUUUGGUUGUUGAAGAAGAAUUCUGUGAGGACAAGAAUCACAUGAUCAGAAAUGUCCAAUCAGCUCUCAUGUUACUCUGCUGGCUGCCAGACAUUCAGUCCAAGGAACUGCAGAUUUGGUUGGCUGAGCAUCUUUGUACUUUGAGCUCUCAGAAACAAAACAAAAUGAAUUGCUGUAAUGAGGGGAUGAUUUCUGCCAUAAUCAAAGUCUUGGGUAGACAGAAACAGAUUGACCCUAAAGCUGUGGCAUUACUAAUAAACCUUUUGGAGACUUUAGGAACUCAUUCAAUAACAGCAAUAGAGUUAAAACAACUGAUGGGGCAUUUAAAACUGGAUGAAGAGGAAAACCAGAAUCCCAAUUUUUCGAGGUUGAUGAGGGCAUUAUGUACAAUGGCCAGACGGGAAGGGAAAGAAGGAGCCCAUUAUUUUCUGACUCUGGUGGAGGAAAAUGAGAUGGUUUCUAUGCCAGGGAUCAGGAAGUGGCCUGGAGGGGCUUUUGCCUUCCACUCCUGGAUUUGUCUUGGUUCUCGAUCCACUCCUGCAGGAUCAAUAGAGCAAGUUUUCAGAAGACAGUUAUAUAGUUUUGUAACAAAUUCGGGCUGUGGAUUUGAGGCGUUCAUCACCAUGGACUUUGACCUCGUGGUGUCUGUGUUUAACAGGAAGGAGCACUGUUCAGUGGAGAUCUCCGACACAAACCUGGGGGAUGAGCACUGGCACUCCAUUGACAUAGUCCACAGUAGCUCCAGGCGACCAUUUGUCAACAGCCACCUCUAUAUUUACAUCGAUGGAAAUCUGAAGCUAGAUUCCCAGCUCAAAUUUCCCAAUGUCUCAGAUCCCCUGACAGACUGUAGGAUAGGGAGUCCAUGUAACAAGGCUGUGGUGAAGGCCCUGAUAGACCAGAACCUAUCCAACAAUACAGAGACCAUCAAACAGUCCCCCCUCAGACGUUUGUUCCAGAGAAAGAAGGACUCCUCGGACCCAGAAAUCACCACCAUCCCCAUAGGUACCCACGAGGAUGUUUGGGGGGUGCCUGUCUGUCUCCGGGGCUUACUGGCCUCUGUGUUAGUGCUCCAUGACACCAUCAGUCCCUCCCAGGUCAAGGCCCUGUACACAGCAGGACCAAAUCAUCCAAUAUUCUUUUCUGAGGAGGAAUUUCCAGACUUUGCAGACCUCCCAAGUAAAGCAGUGGUUUAUUACAAUGCUAAGGCUAGUAAAGAUGGUCAGUUAAUUGACUUGUCUCCAAACCAGAACCACGGGCAUUUCAUUGGCCAAAGAUGUGUUACAUGGGAUAUCAAGGAUGUGAUCAAUGGUAUAGGAGGCAUACAGGUCCUGUUUCCUCUGCUGGAACAAGUCAACAAGGGCCCCCUCCCUGACACAGACAGCCUGCCCCUGCCACUUGACCUUGGGGCCGGCAUGGACCCUGUGCAGGAACCGGACGACUGGGUGGUGGUUCCCAGCAGCUCUUACUCAGAUUCAAAGUUGGAGCAAAAUCAAGUGUCUGGAUUCCUGACAUUACUGCGACACAUGAUCCACUCCCAGGGAACCAAUCAGGAAACAAUGAUAAGAACAGGGGGCGUGGCCACCAUUGGAGCUCUGUUGCAGAAAGUGAAUCCGCGGUUGAUAGAUGUGAACGUGUUGAUGUCAGUUCAGUUACUGGUUGAGACUACAGCCAGUGUUAACCAGACUUUACUGAACCUGUUUUACCAGUACCUGCUGUUCGACUUCAGAAUCUGGAGCAACAGUGAAUUUCCUGUUAGAAUUGGUCACAUUCAGUAUCUGUCCACCAUUAUAAAGGAUGACAAGAAAUUCUUCAGGAAGAGAUUUGGAGUUCAGUUUGUUUUGGAUACAGUGAGAGUGUUCUAUAGUCCGACAUCCUCACCAGCCAAGGGCCUGUCGCCUGAGGACAUGAAGACCAUUCGUGUCUCCCUCAUGAGUCUAAUCAAGUACUACAUAUCUCGAGACAUUACCUACAACGAGCUUGAUGCCAUUCUGAAGUUUCUGUUUGCUGUUAAGGAUCAAGAUAUGGUGUGUGAGAUGAUUGAUGUUCUGAUCAGUUUGUUGGAGGGGAAGUAUAAGAAUGACCAGCUCUAUCUCCUGAUGUUUGAGGCAGAGAUGGGCGAGUUGUUGUAUGGUCUUCUGGUGCAUCCUGGGAAAUCUGUUGUGUAUUAUGAAAAGAUAAUCAAGGUGCUAUAUUUGUUGUUAACCUCAGACAAGGUGUAUGAAAAGAGUAAAUUCCCCUUACGACUGACCGAAAUAGGACAUCUUGGUUUGGUGGAGAUGAUGAAAAACUGUGAUAUUUCUGGACCCAUGUUCAAACGCUUCUUGGAACAAGUUUCUGUACAAGAUACACCCCAGAGCUAUAACUCAAUCCUUGCUCUGCUACAACUAAUCCACUAUUCAGGGUCAGAUAUCAAACUGGAGGCAAGCAGACAGCUGCUGUCUAUUUUGGUCAACAGACCUGGGGCUGCCAAGCAGUUUGUGAAACAGCUUGGUUGGCAAGAAGCAAUAACUAAGCUGUUCAUCUUCAGGAAAACAGAGGAUGUCCAGCAAUCUGACUCUUUUGCAUCUGAAGAUAAAAAUGUUGAGUUUUCUCUGAAUAAUACUAUUGAAGAGGAGAAAACUGAAGAGUGUGAUUCCGCAACUCAGCUCAGUGAACCGUGCAAUAAAACUGUUAGUGCUCCAAACAGUCUUUCAAUAUCCAGCUGUGAUAAUGGAAAACAAGUGUCUCCUCCCAGAGAGCCAAUCACGCCUCUCUACCUGUCAAGGACAUUUGAUGAUAUUAAUAGCUCAGAGGAUGAAAAGUCAAGGUCGGUCAGCAGGAGCUCUAGUACUAGUGUGGAGGAUUUGACAGCCGUAGGUCAAAGGUCAUCCUCCAUUACAGCCUCUACAUCCUCGUUCUCAAUCAGUGAUAGUGCAAUAGAUUUAAACGUUUCUGUGACCUCAUCCAGAGAGAAGCGCGUAAGCUCGGGUUUUACUCAGGCCGAUACAAUCCAGAAAGCUUUAGAUAACCUUGGGAUUCAGAAAAUCUGUGUCAAGGACAGUGGUGAGAGGACAGAGGAACUGUGUCAGAAUCUGCUCCUCAUUCUCCUCACCAUCAUGUGGAAGGGAGUGGAGGGCUCGGAUGAUUCUGCCUGGAAGGAGAGAGGUAUUGUUAUAUCAUGGGUGGACUCUCUCUGUGAGGAUCAUGAACUGAUCAGGUCGUCUUGGGAAAUCAAGAGACGCCUCCUAGAAAUGAUGAUCCACUCCUGUACUUCUGACUUGAAAGAAGCAGAUGAAGAGAAACUAUUACGAUCCUCUGAGCUGGAUUCGUCCAAUCAAAUGCAACAGAUACUGAGCUCAACUCUCAAAAGUGCCUCCCAAAUUAUCGACAGCAUGAAGCUGUUUAAAUUCUUCACACAUCAUUUUGGUGAGGGGUUUUCAAAUAAUCAUGAAAUUAAUGAUUUUCGUACAUUUACUCCUCAAGAUACAGCGACUCCCUCAGAGAAUGCAAUACAGCUUGUUAAACUGGUCCACUGUUUUAUGUCCCAAGAUGCCAAACAAGACAAGGAAAAGUUCAGCGAGAGGUUGAUAGAGGAUUUGAUGGCUCUGCUAGACAACCUAUCAGUGUGGGAUGUAGAGUCAGAUGGAGGGUGGAAGGAGAUGGCCCGCCUAGGACUCUGUUUACUCAUACAGUAUGCUAGUCAGCCUGACCUAGAGUUGUGUGCUGUGGCAACAGCCAAGCUCCACACCCUGGUUCAGACCAAGUUGAUCUCCAGUUCUGCUGAAGCCUCGUUCCUCAUUGGAAACCUCAACCUCAUGGUGCUCAAGGCAGUUAGAGAGUCCUCUGACACCUACUCGUUCCUGAUCCCCGUGAUGAAGGCCCUCCUGGACAAGGCCAGAAGUCUCCUUAACCUUGACCUUCUUCUGCCAGAUCUCCCCCCGACCAGUAAUAGCCCUGUCUUCUUCGAUGACUUCAAAUCUUACUGUCUGUCAGAGCAGUGGAAAAAGUUUAUAGAGAGCUAUGUGAAGCCUCAGAUGCUCCACUUUGACGAGAGUACGUUUGGCGACCUGGAGUCCAACAUCAGGGAUUUCUGGGGUCAGUGCAAAGAGGCCAUGAUGGUUGGCAUGCACAUGAAGAACAGAGAGAAGGGCGAGUCUAAACUGAAGUUUCAGAACAAAAUCUUGGAUCCUUUCCACAACAAAGAAUCAUCAGAGCAGAAGAGAUUCCACAAUGUGACUGUCCAACUGAAGAAUCAGCAUCAGUCCACACUGAGGCAGUGGAGGGCCACAAAGCGAUUCUUCACUGGAGAGAGGGGUGCCUGGUCUGAACAUUCUACAUCCACCAUACAUUGGAAGUUGUCUAAUCAGGAGAAUUUUAAAAGAAUGAAGGUGAAGAUGAUCCCUAAUAUAAACUUUGACCCUCAUAGAGAGGCCAGCUACCAAAGAGAUAAUCUAGGGGCUAGUGAGGCAGACAUAGCGGAGGAGAUAAAGAAGAUGAAGCUAGCCCGGGAGGCCCUGGUGUCUAAAGACCAGAUUGAUGAGGACUCUAUAGGGGAAGAGGACUGGAGUGACAUCAGCACAGAUCUCAGAAACAAUGAACCCCAAGGAAAAGAGAAACUGGUGCUCUCAGAGGACUGUGAAUUGGUGACCUUGGUGGAUGUAAUCAAAGGUCGCCUAGAGGUUACGACCUUGAAUAUUUAUUUCUUUGACUGCAGUUCUAACAGAGAAGAGGGGGGAGAGGAUUUCAAGUGGUCGCUGUCUCUGCUUCGAGAAAUCCAUUUCCGUCGAUACAAUCUCAAGAGGAGUGCUAUUGAGUUGUUUAUGAUUGACCAAACCAACUUCUUCCUCAACUUUGAACCAAAGAAAAGAAACAAGGUUUACAGUAAAAUUCUGAGUCUGAAGCCACCAAACCUGAUCUAUACAGUGUCAAGGUCACCAGCCGAGAUGCUGAGGGCGUCAGGACUCACCAAGAAAUGGAUACAGAGAGAGAUUUCUAAUUUUGAGUACCUGAUAGAAUUAAACACGAUAGCUGGGCGGACCUACAAUGAUCUCAGCCAAUAUCCAGUGUUUCCAUGGAUUUUAUCAGACUACACCUCAGACACUCUAGAUUUGGAGAAUCCCAACGUAUAUAGAAAUCUCAGUAAACCAAUCGGAGCAAACAACCCCAAAAAUGAGAGAGAGGUCAAAGAAAAGUAUGAUGGUUUUGAGGACCCGUCAGGUGUGAUAGAGAAGUUUCACUAUGGCACCCACUACUCCAAUGCCCCAGGGGUCAUGCAUUAUAUGAUCAGGAUGGAGCCGUUCACCACGCUACACAUACAGCUACAGAGCAACAGAUUUGAUGUAGCUGACCGCCAGUUCCACUCUAUUCCUGCAACAUGGCAGUCCCUAAUGGACAAUCCAAAUGAUGUCAAAGAACUAAUCCCAGAAUUCUUCUACCUCUCCGAGUUCCUUGUCAAUGCAAACGACUUUGACCUUGGGAAGCUACAGGCCUGUAAGGAGCGCGUCAAUCAUGUGGUCCUCCCCCGCUGGGCCAAGUCGCCGGAGGACUUCAUCCAUAAACACAGGAAAGCCCUCGAGUCCGAGUACGUGUCAGAAAAUAUACACAACUGGAUCGACCUGAUCUUCGGAUACAAACAGAAAGGCCCUGCUGCUGUGGAGGCCCUCAAUGUUUUCUAUUACUGUACCUAUGAAGGAGCGGUGGAUCUGGAUGCAGUGAAGGAUGAGAAAGAGAGGAAGGCCAUUGAGGGGAUGAUCAACAACUUUGGGCAGACCCCCUGUCAGCUUCUGAAGGAACCCCACCCCAAAAGGAUGACGAUGGAUGAGGUGGUAGCCAGGGCCGUCAAGGCUGACCGCCCCCUCAGUGUGUUCGAUUUUCUCCAUCAGCUCAAGGUCUUCUUUGUGGAGGUUUCCCAGGAGACAGAUCCUUUAGUGUACAUUUCGGUCCCUAGAAGUCAGGCCAGAUCUAUUAUACAGCAUGGAAUGGCUGAUACUAUGGUGACAAUCUCAGAGGGAGGGAUCAUUGGACUCCACGGCUGGCUUCCCUAUGAUAAGUCAAUCUCCAACUACUUCACUUUCGAAAAAGAUCCAGCUUUAAGUAACCCGAAAAGUAAGAGAAGGAUGCCCUGUCCAUUCUCCCCGAGCCUGAAGGUCGAUUCAAAGUUAUUCACAGUAUCCCAUGAUGCCAAGCUGCUGUUCAGUGUAGGUCACUGGGAUAACAGUCUACAGGUGUAUCACCUGGGAAAGGGCAAAAAGGUCAACCACGUCAUACAACACACAGCUGUGGUGACAUGCCUGGCCCUGGAUCACUGUGGUCGACAGCUGAUCACUGGUUCCGCGGACACUUCCUGUAUCGUGUGGGAGGUUAUCAUGCAGGGAGGAAUUAGUAGCAGUGUGAACAAUAGGAGACUCCAGACCUUGUACGGACAUGACGCAGAAAUAACUGCAGUCCAGAUUUCUGUAGAACUGGACACUGCAGUGUCGGCCUCCAAGGAUGGCACUGUGAUUAUACACACAGUUCGUAGGGGACUCUAUAUGAGGACCCUACGACCACCGUGCACCAUGGGAUACACCCUAAAUAUUCCUCAUAUGGUAAUGGAUGACAUGGGUCGAAUUGUUCUAUAUUGUCAUGAGACACUGCCAAUAGAACCUAAGGAGAGAUUUUCCCUCCAUCUUUAUUCGAUCAACGGACAACACUUAUGCACAGAGAGGGUGAACCAUGGACUGGGUCAUGUGAUCAAUGUUGGCGAUCACCUGGUGACAGGGGACAGUCAGGGACAGCUCUGUAUCUGGGAAACGUUUGGAUUGCGACAGCUGACGGUCCUUCCUCUACACGUGCCGGUCCACUCCCUCGCCAUCACUACCAGCAACAGCCACAUCUUCGCUGGUCUCCGAGACGGGAAGCUGAUCAUCAUAGGUGUGAAAAAUCGCUCCGAAAUACGAUGAAGGAGAUGCCAUCCAUGGGGUUUAAAACUGAACAGAUCUUUUAUAAAAAGAAGUCAUGAAAAAAAAACAAUCUGGAUGCCUUAACUAUGUUUGUACAUGUACACAUGUAAUGAUAAAGCAUUUACUUUCACCUCCAAGGUGACUGAUUUGAUAUUUAAAACAAACAAUGUUUAUUCUUUGUUGUAUUCUUUGUUGUAUUUGGAUUUCACUACAACAUUAUUAUCUUUAUGCCAAUUAUAACGCUGGGGGUACACACGGUUUAUGUCAAUUUUUAAUAAUUGCUUUUUUGAUGGGAGACUUUUUGGUAUAUUUUUUUUCCAACAACACAAACAAAUUGAGAUUUUUAUCUGUUGUACUCAAUUGAAUGUGAUAUGUUUGCCAAAUUGGAAGAUUCAAAGGUGAUUUAUCUGUUAGUGACCAUUUUCUUAUCAUGCACAACAUAUAUUUAUAUUCAAGAUAAUGACAGUUUAAUCGGACAACAAUGAAUUGUUGUGACAUAUCUGUAUUGAUAUACUCUAAUUAUUAUAUUUAUUUUAUUUAUUAAUUGUAUUUUGAUGUUGUUGUUAUAUAUAUACACAAUGCCUUGUCUCCUCAGAUUUUUUAAAAUAUUUUAUAUUCACUGUUAUUGGUAGCAGUAUUUUACAGCCUUUAAAUGUGGUUGGUGCUAGGAAUUCCAAACUCAGCCAAACACUUUAAGCAUUUGAAUUAUAACAGUUUAUGAAAAAGUGAUUUGAAAUUUUAUCUAUUUUUGUUUGACAGUGUUUAACUCAGACAAUGUUGAGAUGUGGUACAACUUUAAAUGCAAUAAAGAUUUUUCCCUGAUA